AAAUACACACUUUGUUGUCAUUUCAGUUACAUUCACUCAAGAGUGAAACUUGUGGGGAGUCCAGGUUGCUGCUUCCCUCUACCCCCUUUUUCCUAAGAUGGCAGCAAUGGCUCUCGCAGGUCUUUUAUGUCUUUCUGCCAUAGUUCUGCUCUUUAAUGGUAGCGCUGGUUUUUCCAUGGAAAAAGUCCACAAAAAGAGACAAAGCCCUGAAGUACGCAACAGAGUGCCUGACAAAGACCUCUAUUGGCAACCUUCACCACGCACAAGCAAUGUGUUGGGACCCUCAGGGUUGGUGAGACCACAAAGCCCUCCUUAUUACGAGCCGGGUAGCCUGGGAACACAGCCUCCCCAAGUUUAUCCACCAUCAAGUGGUUCUGUUGCUGUUACGUAUGGUUCUGGUGACUUAAAUGGAGGCAGAAAGCCCCUAGUCUUUGAAGAGGUCUAUAAUUUACCCUCCCGGGGGUCUCCUGUUUUUAAUUACCCACCGCUAAGAGGUGUCCAGCCUGAAUACCCAUCUAAUGCUGUGUGGCCCUACAACUUUCCAAGAGAUUUUUACCCGCCCAGUGAUGAUGAGGAGGAUGAUGAUGAUGAGCUGGAGGACAAACCACGCUACAUUGUCCAGUCUAGAAAUGGCCACCAGCGACUGAGCUUUUGGCUUACCAAAGCCAGCUACUCUCCUCAAGCUGUGAACUCACUGGCCGGAUACUACGACGAUGCCAAGAAGCACCAUUUUGCAAACUAUGGAGGAAAGCACUGAAUCGUUUCAUUAUUUCCAACAUGUCUUGAGUGAAUUAAAUCGUGCAAUUUUUCCAGUGAGCUUUGCAAUUCAAAAUCUGGUACUAAAUGGACUCAUCUGUAAGCUUAAGCCACUUGUGAUUGUAAAUCAUCCACCAACUGUUCUCAGAAAUGUCACCGUUCAGAAUCUAACAUUAAAAUCAUGUGUGAAAGUUUA